AUGAAAAUUCACAGCAAUCAUUUAGGUACAGUCAUGACUAACAUAUUAAGCAAACUCAGGAAGGACUAUGAAUAUUUUAAAAAGCCGGCUGGUCAGGAUCCUAUGGGCAAACUUAUUGGCUCUACCUACUUUAUUAUGCCGGUAUUUUUUUUUGCAAUCUCGUCACUUAAAUCAGUCCUCGUAUACAACAACUGGCAAAUGCUAAAUAUGAUUAGUUAUUGGGUAGUACCAAUUAGUACUAUGAUCUUGACAUGUACAUCGGUUACUUUUGCAUCUGCUUAUUUAAGAAAAAAAGAUGACACGCUAAAUCAUUAUUUUGGAGGUAAUGGACUUAAAAGUUUUUACAGUAAUUGUUAA